ACGACCCGGCAUCAUGCCUCCAAAGAAAGUCGGCCAGCGGGCUGACCAUGAAUCCUCGAUUGAGAAAACCGAGGAGUACGAGAACUUCUUGAAGGAGUUGGCUGUGUAUCAUGAGAAGAGAGGAACCACAAUGGAGAAUGAGCCGAAAGUCGAGACGCAGCACAUCGACUUGCUGAAGUUGUACAAACGAGUCGUCGCGGAGGGCGGAUAUGACCUGGUGUCGGACACCAAGAAAAAGCCUCUCAUGUGGAGGAAGAUUGCCGAUGAGCUUAUGCCUGGCAUCAAGAAUCUGGCUGGCGCGGCCUUCCUGGUGAAGAGAGCAUACUACUACAACCUGGUAGCAUACGAGAUAUCGACACACUGGGGCAAGGAACCUCCGCCGAAGGAGGUGAUCGAAGAUGUGACAGCAAAGGGAGGCGACGUCAUGUCAAGGACGCUAGAAAAUUACCCAAACUCGGCCACGAAAGACAAGAGCAUUGCCAACGGCAAUUCGUCUGACAACGAGGACGCCGCCAAGGAUACCCAUGAUGACGGCGAGCCCGGGAGCGUGCGGUCGACCAGGGGCUUGCGCCAUGCGCCGCCGCAGCGCGUUCUUUUCCAACCCGACACGACCGCCCCACGUCAAACCCGCAACCAGGGUCAACACACCUCGCAGACUCCCGCCUCACCAUCGCCUGCUUACGCCAAUACCACUCCCAUGACUUUGGCGACCUACGAACCGCAGCAGCAGCUGCCCUUGACGCUCAAGCCCGUCACAACCCCAGCCAACAACUCUGAGCACUACCGCAUCAAGCGCAAGCUGGAACAAGAGGCACAGGCCAGCCAUGUUGCANNAAAAAAACACAGAGGUCUCAUGCUGCCAGGCACUGGCUUUAUCGGCCCAAACAUCUAUGUCCGCGCUCAGCUAGCUCUGCAGUCCGGUCAGCCCGACGAGGAAGAGUAUGCCUUGCACCAUCUUGUUAAGAUCUCCCACGAGCGAGGCGAUAAGUACCGCUUCGAUCAGUUCGCCGGUCUGGCCGAGGCUCUAGUCAACAAGCUCUUGCAGGUAACCUCUCUCUUCUACGACCUUGAGUGGUACUACGCUCUCGAGACCAUUGAACAGCUCACAAAGCACUACGACCUCGACGCGACCGAUCUCUUGUACGAAACUCUGCUUGCUCAGCUGGAAUCCAACGACCGUGGCAGAAUUGUCACCUCAUUGCGUGCUAUCGCUCGACUUGGCAUGGCUUACGAGGAAAACAAACGACUCGAGCUCGUUCCUCUUGAGAUUGUUCAAAAGCUACCGGAUUGGAUGAUGCUCCCCGAUGAGGAGCUGCGUUCUGCAUGCUUGGACUUCCUCUUCCAAUACACUAGUAUCGCUGACAAUGUCGAGACACUGGCGCUGGAUGCCGAUGUUCAGAGUCUCGUCAAGCAGCUAUCUGAUCUGUUGCUCUACAACGCAAAGAAGGAAGUGCCUAAGAUGCACAAGCCUCGCCCUUCAGAGCCUCAUUAUGACUCGGAAAGCUCAGCUCAUGUUCCACGCCUGUGUCAUGAUGUGAUAGAGUCACUGCUGCAAUUUGCCGAACCCGACCGUAGUUCACGCUGG